GACUUACCGCUCAUGUUUGUUAUGGUGAUCAGUAGUCACAGCUCCGGUUAGAGAUACUUCCGGGUAAAGCGCCCGGAGGAGUCCUUUAAGGAUUUUCUUUAAGGAUCUCUGGUGAUAUAUGUGUUAGUAAUUUUGAAUGUUUCGACCGUGUAAUGUUAUUUUUUUCAUUGGUAGACAUGACACUGUAUGUGCUUGUUCUCGUGUGAUUUUUUAAAUAUUUUAUUUAAUAAUGUGAUCCUUGAAGGAUGACUAUUAAUUGUAAUAUUCGGAUAUUGUUUACAGUCUUUGUUGUUUUUUCUUCUUGGCAGUUAGAAGCAAAAAAUUCAAUUAGACAACGUACGUUUUCAUUCCAUAGUUCAUAUAUGGACACUACUAUUUGCAGAACUGUACCUGGAUUCACCAAAUCACAAAUAGAAUUGUGCUACCAACAACCUGAUGCAACCUUGAUGGCUCUAGACGGUUUAAAUCGAGCUGUCAAAGAAUGCCAAUAUCAAUUUCGAGGACAUAGAUGGAACUGCUCAUCAUUAGAGACUAGGGGCCGAAAUCCCUAUAUAAGCUCAAUUUUAAAAAAAGGUUAUAAAGAAGCUGCUUUUGCCCAUGCGAUUACUUCUGCAGGAGUAGCCAUUUCUAUAGCCAGGGGCUGUAGUUCUGGGACCCUAAUGAAUUGUGGCUGUGAUUCAAAAAUAUAUAAAAUUAGGAAACCUAGGGCGAUGUCUAAAGCAAAGUGGAAAUGGGGAGGCUGUUCGGAUAAUUUAAGAUACGGAAUUAAAUUUUCUAAAAUGUUUCUAGAUUCCAGAGAAAAGGCUGAAGACAUGCAAUCGAAAAUCAAUCUCCACAACAAUCAAGUUGGCAGAAUCGCUGUAUCCAAUAAUAUGCAGGUGAUGUGUAAAUGUCAUGGGAUGUCGGGCAGUUGCGAACUAAAGACCUGUUGGAAAUCUGCACCAGAUUACCGUGUAGUUGGAAAGGCACUCAAAGAUAGAUUCAAAUCUGCUAUAUUAGUCGAUCAAACAAAUUCUGGAAAAAAGAAUAUAAGAAAAUUCAAUAUGAUUAAUCAGAAAAACCAUAGAAAGCACAACAAACUUAAACAAUUACAGGGUAAAAAAAACAAACAUAAGCGAGAUUUAUCCAGCGAUCUUUUAUAUUACGAGAAAUCACCGAAUUUUUGCGAAAGGAACCAAAGUCUAGAAAUUCUUGGGACGACAGGGAGAAUAUGUAACAAAACAUCGACUGGUAAUGAUAAUUGUGCAGAACUGUGUUGUGGACGUGGUUACAACUUUAUAAAAAGAAGAAGAGUCGAAAGAUGUAAUUGUAAAUUUAUUUGGUGUUGUCAAGUUGAGUGCCAGACUUGUAGUCAUGAGGAAUGGAUCAGCGUUUGCAAGUAAUUGUUGUGAAAAGAAAUUUCUCAGCCCAACACACACUUAUCGCCAUUCCAAGAGUUUAUUAUUUACAAUUGAAAAUAUCGUUCAAUAAACAAAAUUGUUCAAACACAUAGCUGCGAAAAUUGAUCCCACUGUUACAUUGGGGACGGUGAUUGAGCUAUAUAUAUAUAUAUAAAGGCUCAGUAGUUGUUAUUGUGUAUAGGUACAUUGAAAUUUUGACUGGCAAGUUGUACCGAAAACAUAGUAAAUUGUCAGGAUAUCAAAAAUAUUUUAGAAUCAGAAAAAUUACAGAAAUUCACCACUUUGCUAUGCAAUUUUAAUUGUGUUUAAUAAACACAUCAACUUUUAUAGGAAUCGAUUAAACACCAUCGGGGGUAUCAUGGGUAUAUAACAAUGUAUAGACUUUUGUUAUCGUUCAUUACUUUAAGAAACUGGAAUGAAUUAUUCGUAGAUACAAUGUAAUUUUUC